GAGGGCACCCAAGGACUCCUCACACAUGUGAGUACUCAGAGUUCAACAGAAGCCCAGGAGCCUCAACCUCAAGAGGAUCACUUUGGUCAGGGUGGCACAAUUCUUCCUUCCUCCGUGCACAGCAGGGAGAUUGCAAUCAGUCAAGCAGGUCCACCAACAGCUUCUGUGUCCCGAUUCAUCUGUUAUAAGGACAUCAUCUUCCUUUAUUGUGUGAGAAAGGAGUGAGAGUCCCUGUCACAAGGAAAAAAUGCUCUUUUUGAUGUUAGUCCUCCUACUCUUCUGUGGUUUUCUGUGGAAGUAUAAAGGACAACUAAAGAUUACAGAUAUCACUGAUAAGUAUAUUUUCAUCACUGGGUGCGACAGCGGCUUUGGAAACUUGGCAGCCAGAACUUUUGAUAAAAAAGGAUUUCGUGUAAUUGCUGCCUGUCUGACUGAAUCAGGAGCAAUAGCUUUAAAGGCGGAAACCUCAGAGAGGCUUCGCCCCGUGCUUCUGGAUGUAACUGACCCAGAGAACGUCAAGAGAACUGCCCAGUGGGUGAAGAACCAUGUUGGAGAAAAAGGUCUUUGGGGUCUGAUCAAUAAUGCUGGUGUUCUUGGUGUGCUGGCUCCCACUGACUGGUUGACAGUGGAGGACUACAGAGAACCUAUUGAAGUGAACUUGUUUGGACUCAUCAAUGUGACAUUGCAUAUGCUUCCCUUGGUCAAAAAAGCCCAAGGGAGAGUUGUCAAUGUCUCUAGUAUUGGAGGUCGGCUUGCAUUUGGUGGAGGGGGCUACUAUCCGUCCAAAUAUGCAGUGGAAGGCUUCAAUGACAGCUUAAGACGGGACAUGAAAGCUUUUGGUGUGCAUGUCUCAUGCAUUGAACCAGGAUUAUUCAAAACGAAACUGUCAGAUCCAACAAAGACAACGGAAAAAAAACUCGCCAUUUGGAAGCAACUGUCUCCAGAUAUCAAACAACAAUAUGGAGAAAGUUACAUUGAAAAAAGUGUAGACAAACUAAAAGGCACUACCUCCUUCAUGAAUAUGGAUCUUUCUCUGGUGGUAAAGUGCAUGGACCAUGCACUAACAAGUCUCUUCCCUAAAACACGCUAUGUUGCUGGAAAAGAUGCCAAGACUUUCUGGAUACCUCUGUCUCACAUGCCAGCAGUUUUGCAAGACUUUUUAUUGUUGAAACAGAAAGUAGAAUUGGCUAAUCCCAAAGCAGUGUGAUUCAGCCGACCACAAAUGCUGGCCCCAGGCUAUGAGAUUCACUGCUUUUGCUUCCAGGGACAAGUAUUUUCAAUUGCAUUCCUUCCUGAAUCCAACCUGUACUCAUUAGAUCAAGCUCCUUUUAGUGUAAGGGGAUGACUAUCACUGGCAAUGUCCCAUAGUUUCUUCUCGAGGCAUUUUUAGAAAAGAAGACAGGGAUGACAUGUCACAUAGGCAAGUCCCGUCCAAUAUUUAGACUACCUGCUUGGUAUGAUGUAAGGGAAAUUGAACAACUUGCUCAUGCAAAAUGAUCUCCACCACAGCCCGCUCUGUGCUAUAGUCCCCAACAUUUAGAGUGACUCCUGCCUGUAAAACAUUGUCUCAUUUCAAGAUACUGAGACAAGUAAAUACUUUCCUAACUGGAUUAGACACAUUCAGUUGUCUUGCUGAGGAUAAGAUGCUGACGAACUGGAACUUAGUUCUGGUAAGCUCUGAUACGAUGAAGAAAAGAAAGGAUAAUGAAGAAUUGUGUGAUCCUGAUACAAGUUUAACAAUCAUCAGAAAAAGACAAGGUAGAACUGUAAGUAGAAGGGAAGAAAAAGAAAAAGAGGAAAAAGAAUAAGAGUACUACAUAAAAGAAUACAUACCUAACAGUUUCCUGGUGGAAACAUGGUUAUAAUAUAGAGUAAUAUAAUAAUCAGUCAUCCCAAGAGAAGAGAAAUAGUAUAUAUUUAUAUUGGUAAUUACAAAAACACCAA